AUGGUAGCUGAGCGGCUUUGUGAGAGACCAGACAGCAUCACCCUUGUCAGGGAUUGGUGGGGUGAGGAGGUUGGCAUGGAGAACUCUGAAGAACUGGCAAAGGUCUCCUGUGAAAGGGCAAGCCAGAACCUAGAGGCACCCAGCACACGCCCAGCCCGCCGCCACGAUGCCCAAGAGAAGGUCAGGUCUGUGGAGGGGGCAGCCAAGGAGGAGCCCAAGAGGAGGUCGACCAGGUUGUCAGCCAAAACAGCUCCUGCAAAAGUGGAAACGAAGCCCAAAAAGGCGGCAGGAAAGGAUAAAUCUGCAGACAAAAAAGUGCAAAGGAAAGGGAAAAGGGGAGCAAAGGGAAAGCAGGCGGAAGUGGCUGACCAGGAAUCUAAAGAAGAUCUACCUGCGGAAAACAGAGAAACUAAAAAUGAGGAGAGUCCAACUUCAGAUGAAGCAGGAGAAAAAGAAGACAAGUCUGAUUAA